GAGAGGAGGUCAGCAGGUUUUACUGCUGAUAAAAUGAAGAUGGAACAACAUGUGAAAAUGCUGUCAGGUAUGAAUGAUGAAGAAGAAGAGCUGGAGGAGGCUCGGCUCAGGAGACGUCAACAGAGAGGACUGUGAUCUCUCCCUUCAGACGCAGGGACAUCACUCUGCUUCAGCCCAGCCUCUCUCCAGGAUGUCCGAGGGAGACGUCACGGUGCUGUCCUUUAAUCCUGGAGGUGUGGAUGUGUCCAGGCAGGAGAGCCGGACGCUCACCAGACUCUACAGCAUGAACGGAGGAUACCACCUGAGGAUUUCACCUGAUGGGAGCGUGAGCGGCGGCAGGCAGGAAAACGACCCCUAUGAUCGUAUUUCACUUAACUACAACAACAAACCAAAGUCAUGA